GAAAGGGCUGUGUCAAGCUAGGUAUGAAAACAAAAACUACACAAACAUCAUUCAUUCAUUUAUGACUCACACUUUGCUCCCAACUACAUUUUCACAGGAACGUUAUCUAUCUUGAGUCUUGAUAGUCUUGUUUAACUCCUGUUGUACGCCGAGUCUUGCUCCGGUCUGCAAAAUGCCGAAUCUGGGAGACGAAUUUCCGAAUUUCAAAGCUGACACUACUGUUGGAUCAAUUUAUUUCCAUGAGUGGCUUGGAGAAUCCUGGGGUAUCCUCUUCUCUCACCCAUCUGAUUUCACUCCUGUGUGCACAACUGAACUUGCAAAAGUUUUGAAACUGCUCCCAGAAUUUACUGCUCGCAAUGUAAAAGUUAUUGCCCUUUCAUGUGAUUCUGUGUCAUCUCAUAAAUUGUGGACAGAAGAUAUUAAAAGCUUUGCGGGCGUAGAAGUAGAUGGGUUCCCGUACCCUAUCAUUGCUGAUGAAGGACGAGAGCUGGCUGUUCAGUUGGGUAUGUUGGAUCCUUUGGAGAAAGAUGCCAAUGGAUUGCCGCUUACCUGCCGAGCGGUCUUUUUAGUGGAUCCGAACAAAAAACUCAGGAUGUCAAUUUUGUAUCCUGCAACAAGUGGAAGAAACUUUGAUGAAAUUCUCCGCAUUAUAGAUUCUAUUCAACUAACUGAGAAGAAAAAGGUAGCAACUCCAGCCGAUUGGAAGAAAGGAGGUGACUGCAUGGUACUUCCCACUCUUUCAACAGAGGCAGCAAAGACACUUUUCCCAAAUGGAUUUACAGUUACAAAGGUGCCAUCUGGGAAAGAAUACAUCCGCAUUACUCCCCAGCCAUGAUUUUUCUGAUUAAAAAAAAAAUCAAGAUGUUGUUAUUCCAUUUUUUGUGUGAUCUCCAAAACAUAUUUUU